UGGUGUCCUGACUGAGCUUCUGAACAUGACUGGACAUGUCAACAGCAUCACAGCCACUCUGACCAUCAACGGUCAAGGAAAGACAACAACUGCAGCUCCUGUGACUAAUACAACUGCAGUUCUCUCUCCCAUAACCAAAUUGGUCACUGUUGUCUUCAGACUUGUAUUCAACACCACAGCCUAUACUGUUAAUGCCAGUUAUAUUCUUAACAUGGCAAAACCCUUUUUCCCUUCUUUGACGUCACGUGCAUUUUACACAUUGGAUAUAUCAAAUAUCACCUUUGAAAACAUAUCUGCAAAUGCUUUUGUCUUAAUACUGAGCUGCCAGGUGAGAAAUCUCAGUGUUCCAGUGGGCUCUGGACUGUCAAAUGAAACAUCUAGCGAACUCCAAGAUACCAUCAACAAUUUGCUUCAAAGGCUUCUCUUAAAGUCCAGCAACAUGCCUCUCACAUUUCCCCCCAUUACAUUCACGAAUACUGAUGAACAGAUCCAGGCUGCAGUGGUGUAUACGCUCCCAAACAAUGAAAUCACAAACCCCAGUGACUUCCUGACUACCAUGCUGAAGAUUAGUGGUAAUCUACCCACAACAACAGCAGCAGCUCCUGUUCCUACUGUCCUCCUGACCUCAUUUACAUCCACCACUGCCAGUACAUGGGGUUUCCCAGGCUGGGCCCUGGCUAUCAUCAUCCCCUGUGGGAUUGCAAUCCUCCUCUUGCCCCUCUGGAUCUUUCUGUGUUGUCUAUUAUGUGGCUGCUGUGCUGCAUGGAGACGGAGAUGGCAUCGAAGACAGUCAUACCAAGUGCAGUACCCAACAAGAAAUGGUCUUUUCUAAAAGGGUCUUCCUGAUUUCACCUUUGAAAACGUUUCUGAAAAUGACAACCAAAUCUUCAAAUGGAAUGGGAUCUUCUGCUCUAACUCUGACUGUCUCCAAAGACCCAAGAAUACAAGCUGAUCCAAUGACAUCUGUCAUCUCCAAUACACUUCCUGGAUAUUCCUGCACUCACAACAAAAACGUACCAGUAGAUAUUCUUUUAAGACCCUUAACUCCAAGCUGUAGAAAGGCAUGUGAAAACUCCUUACCCAAACCUCAAUGCCAGAACUACACUGGAGUAGCUUAAGAGAAACAAAACGAAUGUCCUUAAAUGGUCCAAUCAAACUCUUUACUUGAAUCCUAUUAAGAAUCUUUACUCUAGAGUCUUUGAUGUGGCUUUUAAGCUUUGAUUCUGGAAUCUUAAGGAUCAACAUACUUGUUGCUUUGGGUUGCUGUUGAAACCACUAUCAUCCUUUCUGUCUGGAGUGAGCGAGACACAAUGAAGCUAUUUGAAGAGUUCACAUGCCACACAGACACCCCUCAUUAUUGCUCAACUUUGAAAUUGUGACAGAAAACAGAAAGAUACCUCCAAUGGAUGUCAAAGAAGCUACCAUAUUAUUGGAUUAACACACUUGAAGACAUUUCCGAAUGAGA